AGAUUUUUCCAUAUAAUGCAAGAAAGAGGAAGUGAGAAGGAGGGCUAAGGGCAGCUCUGCACGGCCCACAGGCGCUAUAAGCAGAAAGGGAAGUGUACGCAACAGCGAAGUUCACUAAAAAACAAGUUGGAAAACAGAAACAAGUCGAUUUAUUCUCUCACACAGUUAAUUUUCUCGCUGCAGGUGUGAUCAGAGGUGUGACACGAUGGCUCAACGCUGCCUCAAGUGUUUAAAGUACACCAUGUGUGUCGCCAACUUUCUUUGUUUUAUGUGCGGUGUAGCCGUGCUGGGCCUCGGCGUGUACUUGAUGGUGACCUUCAAGUUUACCAUACUCACCCCGAGCCUGGCCAGCUUCAGCGUGGCCAACAUGCUGCUGAUCAGCGGCAUCGUCAUCACCUGCGUGUCCUUCCUGGGAUUCCUGGGAGCUCUGAAGGAGAACCGCUGUCUUCUCCUGACGUUUUUCAUGCUGCUGUUCUUCCUGAUGCUGGUGGAGCUGGCUGCUGCAUGUCUGCUUCUCAUGUAUGAGACACAGAUCACUGACUGGGUGGAAAAGGAUCUCAACGAUGGUUUGAAAAAAGCAAAAACUGGUAGAAAUGAAACAGUGCUCAGUGAGUGGGAUCUGCUGCAGAACACGUUCCAUUGCUGUGGAGUCAAUAAUGCGUCCGACUGGGGAAGAAACGUGCCUAAAUCUUGCCACGAGCCACCCAGGAACGGCACAACGCCCGCGUACAAGCCGGGUUGUUUGGCAACGUUGAAGACGUGGUUUGCGGAAAAUUUCCUUGUCACCGGGAUUUCUGUCAUUGUCCUCUGCAUUAUCGAGGUCUUGGGGAUGUGUUUCGCCAUGACACUUUUCUGUCACAUCAGUAGGACUGGACUGGGCUACAAGUUAUAGACCAUGUUUCCUCUUCAUCAAUCAUUUAUCCAAUAAUAAUCUUAUUUUAUUUGUUGUACAGAUCUGCCCUUUAAAAGAAGUGUUUCAUUUUCAUGUUGGCCUGCUGUAACACGGAGAUUCAUGUAAAAUGCCAUUUCAGGUGUAUAAAAUGAGCAUUUUUGUAUGUAGGAGUUUGCUUUUAAGCCAAAUUUCUCCCAACAUUGUACAUUUUUCAAAGAGAAUUGUGAAAACUAGCUGUUCCUGUGAGAACCUAUAUACCUACAGAAAAAUUCUUCCACAAAAUUUGCCAAUAAAGUUUUGUGAUAACACUGUAACCUCCAUUUUGAC